CAUCAAUAGUAAGGAACAUGAAUUCAAUCGCAUUUGUUACAUGUUCAUUAGUAGCACUGAUCAGUGGGCAAAGUUACGGCGUUUCGAUAGCGCCAGUUUAUCGGCAAAACAUUCAUCCAGCGGUACCGAUACGGAGUUACAUCGUGGUGCUGAAGGAAGGUCAUGAGUACGAUUCUGUGGAUCGAAUCAUCGAUUAUCUGAAUAUUAGAAAACUGAAAGCACUCAAGAAAUUCAUUACAAUAUUUCGAGGUUUCUCAGCAGUGUUAAAUGAAGAAAUGCUAAACAUGAUACGUACAUUUGAAGAAGUUGAAUAUAUUGAAGAAGACUUAUUUGUUGAGAAAACGUUUGUUCGUAGUUGGGGAUUGGAUAGAGUUGACCAGCGGGAUCUACCACUAGAUGGCGUGUUUAAACCUGCAGGUGAUGGUGCAGAGGUAGAUGUGUACGUAGUUGAUACCGGCAUUCGAUACGAUCACGAGGACUUCGGUGGAAGAGCACAUUUUUUCUUCGAUGUAUUUGGAGAUUCGGCAACGGACAACGACGGCGACUGCGAAGGACAUGGUACUCACGUGUCAGGCACUAUUGGAGGAACGACAUACGGUAUAGCAAAGAAAGUCACUCUGUGGGGUGUACGAGCUUUGAACUGUGACGGCCAAGCUUCCUACUCAGAAUUGCUCGCAAGUUUAGAAUAUGUCGCCAAACAUGGCACGACGCCAUCCGUCAUCAAUAUGUCACUGGCCGGGGACAGGUCAAUCUCGAUAAAUCUUGCACUUGCAUCGCUAUCACAUCGGGGAUUCACAGUAGUUGUAUCGGCCGGUAAUGACGACACAGACGCAUGUGACAAAUCACCGGCAAGCUCACCUGAGGCGAUAACCGUGGCGUCAACUGAUAAACACGACAUUCGAUCUGGUUAUUCGAAUUAUGGAGAGUGCGUGGACUUAUUUGCACCUGGAGAAAAAAUACACAGUGAUUAUUCAACGUCUUCUACUUCUACGGCUGUUUUGUCCGGGACGUCUAUGUCGGCACCACACGUGUCAGGAGUUGCUGCUUUGACAUUACAGGCUAAUGCUACCAUGACUCCGAAGGAAGUCAAGAACACUAUCAUCUGUUCGGCAACGCCAGACCAUAUCAUUAACACUAAAGACUCGCCCGAUUUGCUCGUAUAUAACAGCGCUGAAUAUGAAGCUGUUACGUUUGAUGCAACUUACCAGUCGGGAUGCUAGCAGGUUCACAAUAAAAUACUGUAACAUUUUUUUUUUACUUUUCAAAAUGAGUCCAUCAAGAGGAUUUUCGAAUCAACACAAAUCUAACUACUGAUGGAGUACUAAAAACCGUUUAUGCGACUCGGUGAAAGCAGUUUUGUACUUAGGUACACAUGUAAUAUUAUUUUCGUUAGACAAUACUCAAUAGAUGUCUCAUUGAUAAACUG